AUGGCCGACUCUCGUGCUGCCUCCUCGUUGAGUGCAUAUGGCAGACGGGAUGGUCUGGGCACCCCCGAGCCUCCAGGGAGAUUUAGUUAUGAUGUCGCGGAAAGGGGCGAUCAUAGCAUCAACGGCCUCCUCCAUGUUCCUCCCGAACGACCCCUCGCCUUUUCCGAUGACGAAUCCCUUCCACGAUUCCAUCACAAAUCUCGUGGUGCUGCAGCUGCUACCAGUGGCCUCCAAGCUGGCCGACCGAAACGAGCCCGUUCAAAGCGACCGCAUAAGACCCAACCGAGCGGUGCUUUCUUGCUUCAGGAGCCUGUAAUUGCCGAUGACGACUCUAAUAAACAGCGACGCGGACACCGAAGUAAAUCUCGUCAUAAGGGGAAAGAUGUUGAAUCACAUUCAUCCAGCAGUCAACGGGAAUUUGGCCUCGGUAUAAGCUCCGGUAUUGGCUCCGGUAGUGGUCCUCGAGCUCGCGUCGUGUCGCCAGAUACAUCCCAGGAGGACCUUCAUAUAUCAAAGAGGAAUGAUGGUCAAAAGCGAGGCCGACGGGCGCACACGUCGCACCCAGGCACUGCGCUUGACGUGGACUCAACCCAAAUUGUUAAUAUGGCGUUGAACUUGAGCGAGUCACGACGCAUUGCGUCGCGGCGCAACAUCAGCCGUGGAAACCCUCCUCGUUUGGGGCCUGUCCAAGACUCUCAGGCUGGCAGUAACCUCAGAGCUCAUCUUCAACAACAAAGGAAGGCUACCAGAGGAGUUUCACCAAUUCAGAACCAGUCUCUUACACCGCGAUUGCCAGGUGUAAGGUCCAGUAGUCCUCUGCGCCCUCCUCCUUUCGAACCUGCUGCCGACGUCUCUUACCGUUAUCACUUUUCGACUUCAACCUUGGCAAGGGCGCAGAAAGCCAGGGAGCACUUGGAACUGAUGGCACAGUAUAGACGCCUGCUACAAGUCCUUCCUCCUCUCAAGACCGGCUAUGAUAGAAAUUCAGCUUCAAGUCCUGCCGGCUCGCCUACGGAGGAGAAGAUGAGAGCUUUCGGAAACAGGGAGCUUAUGGUACCUCUCGGUCGAGAAUACAACCCUUUGCAGUAUAUCCGCAACCGGAAAGUAAGAGCCCGUGAACGAAUGGCUAUUGAUGGCGACAAGCAAGGAUUUUCUGACGUCGAAUCGGUCAAAGAAUGGGUCAGCGAAGCAGAAGAGAGAGUCAGGGAGCUACCUUCCAGUGACGGUUCAGUGAUACCACCAUUUCCUGCGGCGGAGGAGGUUGAUUCCCAGCUGGCUGCAGAUUCGGCCGCCCCUCGAGCCCGACGUCCACGAGUGGACUGGUUCUUUGAGCCAUGCGAUCUAGUUGCAGAUGCUUAUUGGCUUGAACAAGAUCACCACAAACAGUUGAUUGAGGACAGAAACUUGAAUAAGAUAUACCCACAAACGGAGGAAGUCAUGAGCAGGCCAAUGUCGAAGCAGUCAGAGGAUCUUGAACUUGUUGGAAGCGGAGUUUCACCUUUCACAACUAAGAAGAUGGAGGAGACAAAUGGCAAUGCAGACCCAUACGAUUACAAACUCACGAAAACCGACACAGAGGGGUCGGAACCGGGUCAUAGAGAUCGGGCCAGACAAAAACUCCACCGAGCCAGCGGUUCCAUACAUCAUCGCCGUUUCAGAAGAAGGGGGUCGUCUUCAGAUGAUUCUGGCAGUGAGGAUGAUGCGCCAAAUGAUGGAAGAGCACGCCGAGGCACAAUCUCCAGCCACGAGACCGAAUUGUUAGAGAAGCAAAUGCUGGAGAUGGUCGCUCGAGACAUGAGACAACAACAGAGACUUUCUCACGUCCCAGAGACCGAGGCUGAGUAUAACGAAGUUGAGAGCUUGACUUCGCCUGAACGCAAUUCACAAGCGAAGCUCUCUAAUGGCACCCCUGACCAUAAAGAUUCAGAGCCUCGACCUACGCUCAACAGAGUUUCUUUGGAUAUUCCGCCCCUAUCAAAGCUGGGAAGACAUACCGGUGGGGGAUCCCUGCAUGGAAGAAACCGCAAGGAAGGCUUCGAUUCUCCUCAACCGUCGCCUGAACUCGCUCCACGGGUCAGCCUAUCGGCACCUCCUACUGGUUUGAACCUCUCAGCUCCUUCUUCCCGCUCAUCAUCUCCGUCUAGAAACCCGUUCACAAAGGUCAAGCAAAUUUUCAAGGACAAGAUCCGCGAUGAGCCCGAAGAACAAAUUGUGGAAACAGAGGAUUCCAGCAGAAGACCUUCUACACCGGAACCUCUUCCCCCAAUGGAAGCGAAGCCGCUUGAACGACAUCCUUCUAAUUCGCGACAGACCUUUGAAGCCCAUAGACAUCAACGCAGCGUCAGCAGUGUCAGAGAUGAUCAAGUUGGUCUGCGGGGUAUGUUCAAAGGUCCUCGUAUCGAUACAGUGAUCCGAGGUAGCGUCUCGAAAAUCGGGGACAUUCUAUGGAAGAAAGAUACCCCCAUGGAAACACCCAGCGACAUCCUAUCAUCAGAUGAAUCUGACAAUGAUCAACCCAAGGGACGAUCAUCAAGAAUUUCACUCAAUCUGUCCCGGGUGAAUUCGAAGCGUAACAAGCCCGAACCACAGCAUGGUGCAAAACAUUUCUUGGACGCAAUGCCGCAGUUUCAGCCUAUGGCAGAGACGCAUGGUCAGUCAACGACCGACGUCAGGAAGAGACAGUCCUCGCCAUCUCGUGCCCAUAUGAACAGACCUCCCCCACUCGAUAUCUCGAGUAUAUCCAGUCCUCUCAAACAAGAAGCCGAGAAGGUAUCCGCAUUUGAGCCCGCAAUGUCAGAAGCGGAGUCAUGCCAAGAGAGUGCCAAAGAUGGCCUUCGAGGCACAGAGAAGGCUUCAGAUGAGGCGAUACCAAUAGUUCGGUCCGAUGAACCCGAUAAUUUCAGAGCAAGGAAAUGGUCCAUCGCCAACCAGCCCAUCUCUCAAGAAAUACGGCUUUCAAGACGUGAAGUCGCUCGACUACGCACACUUGUUCUUACCUCUGGCAUCAAAGCCAUGGAAAUCUCUCGUCGUUCACAUGAGUUGAAGAAGCCUCUCUCCAACGAUAGCCUUCGAGAACUAGGCAACUCUCCACAGUCAAAUAUGGUAGGCGUACCAUGGGUUGACAUAGCCAAGUUGACUCCCAAGAAGUCUCUACCAUCAGAUGAUGCAAUUCCCUGCUCCGAUCAUUUCCGUCUGGCCAGUGAGACUCUUGGUGUAGCUAUCCAGCACUCAAUGGAGCAAUGGCAGACAUCGGCAGACAAGUUUACAGGACAAACAAAACCAAGGCUCGAAGAGCGUAUCUGGUGUGUUCGUUCACGAAUCGCAGAUGAGCUGUCAGGCAUGACACGCGAGGCAUCAGACCAAGCCGAUGAGACUGGAAGAGACUUGGCAUUGGGUCAGCUCCUCAAGGUCAAGCAUGUCACUGACUUGACCGAAAAGAUGAUGCGCAACAGACGUAGACGAUUCAGAUGGGUCCGUCGUGGCAUGUGGUCCUUCGUUGAGUGGACCCUUGUUGGCUUCAUGUGGUACGUCUGGUUCGUCGUCACCAUUUUCAGACUCUUCCUGGGCCUCGGGAAAGGCGUUUGGCAAGGCUUCAGAUGGCUCCUAUGGCUGUGA